UGGCUCCGGUAGCGCCGUGCGGAGCCGGACCCGGACCCGGCCCGGCCCCGCUCCGCUCCGCUCCCGGUGCCCCCGGUUCUCCCCGCUCCUCAGGCCGGCCCAGGUGCCCAUGGAGUCGCAGUGCGAUUACUUCAUGUACUUCCCGGCGGUGCCGUUCGCGGCUCGGGAGCUGCUGUCGGGAGAACCGGGCCGGUACCGGGCGCUGCCCCGCCGCAACCACCUCUACCUGGGCGAAACCGUGCGGUUCCUCCUGGUGCUCCGCUGCCGCCCCGGCAGCAGCGGCGGCACUGGGCCGGGCCGGCCGCCCUGGGCGGAGCUGGCCGCCUCACUGGCCGCCCUGGCCAGCGUCAGCCCCGGCGCCACAGAGACCGGCGGGGACCGGGAUGGGGACCCGGAGGGCACCGAGGACGGCACCGGCAGCGGGGCUUUGCCAGAGCCCACCGUCUUCCGGGACUGCCGGGCCCUGCUGACGCACAGCCAGGGCCCCCCGGGGCGCCCGGCCGCCGGGAUACCGGUGGAGGACCCCAUCGUGUCCACCGACGAGGUCAUCUUCCCCCUGACCAUCUCCCUGGACAAGCUGCCGCCCGGCACUGUCAAGGCCAAGAUCGUGGUGACGGUGUGGAAAAGGGAUACGGAGCCACCCGAGCUGCAGGAGGGUGGGGGGUACCUGAGCCUGCUGCAGACCCGGGCGCCGGCGCACGUCUUCCGACAGGAGCAGGGGGCUUUCAAGGCGCAGGUGAGCACCCUGCUGACAGUGCUGCCUCCGCCCGUGGUGCGAUGCCGCCAGCUCACCGUGUCUGGAAAGUACCUCACCGUGCUCAAAGUGCUCAAUGGCUGGUCCCAGGAGGAGAUCUCGCUGUGGGACGUGCAGAUCCUGCCCAACUUCAACGCCAGUUACUUGCCCGUCAUGCCCGACGGCUCCGUGCUGCUGGUCGAUGACGUCUGGGGCUUGGAGGUCCCACUGGUGGCCGUGAUCCAGUGGUCAACGCCAAAACUGCCCUUCACCAGCAGCAUCUACACGCAUUACCGGCUACCGAGCAUCCGUCUGGAGCGGCCGCGUUUCGUGAUGACAGCUGCCUGCGAGUCCCCGGUGCGGGCCAGGCAGCGCUUCACUGUCACCUACACCCUGCUCAACGACCUCCAGGACUUCCUGGCCGUGCGCCUCGUUUGGACGCCCGAGACCGCCACAGCUGGGAAGAAGCUGUCUGGGGAGGAACGCCGAGCCACGCAGGCGGCGCUGGACGCCAUCGUCUGCCACACGCCGCUCAACAACCUGGGCUACUCGCGCAAGGGCAGUGCCCUCACCAUCCGUGUGGCCUUCCAGGCGUUGCGGGCUGGUCUCUUCGAGCUGUCCCAGCACAUGAAGCUGAAGCUGCAGUUCACGGCCAGCGUGGCCAACCCUCCUCCUGAGGCACGGCCCGUGUCUCGCAAGAGCAGCCCCAGCAGCCCGGCCGUGAGGGACCUGGUGGAGCGGCACCAGGCGGGGUUGGGCCGGUCCCAGUCCUUCUCCCACCAGCAGCCGUCCCGCAGCCACCUCAUGAG